UCGCGGACGCGAGAGUCUGGCACCAUGGACGACGAAGUUGAAGUUAUCCGCAGUAAAAGAGUGUUUUUGAACCACGUCGACACUUACACCUCUAGAAACAUCGGGAAAUAUCUCUCAAAAUGUGUCGUUGGUGCGUCUAUGGAAGAGCCUGCCGAAGAGGAGGAGGAAGAAGAAGAGGGCUCCGCAGCAGAGGCACAAGCUGGCAAACCGAAAGAAGGCACUUUUCAGAUUGUGGGCACUUUGUCCAAACAAGGAGAAAAGUCUGGGUUUGCAAUGGAGGAAUACACAGUUUCAAAUCGAGAAGAACUCCUUGUACGGCUUAUGGAAUGUGAUAUUAUAAUUUAUAACAUAGCUGAAUGUGCUGAUCAAAUCGAGGAGGCAUCUUGGGCUGUUUCAGCUCUUCAUUCAGAAUUGGAGCAUUUCACCGGGCCAAAGAUGUUCAUUUUGUUAUCAACUGUAAUGAGUUGGGCUCUCAGUAAACCCAUUGACCCUGAUGAUCCGGAAAUCCCAUUUACCGAGGAUGAUUACAGGCGAAGACGACCUCACCCCAAUUUCAAAGAUCACAUUAGUGUUGAAAAGUUGGUCAUAAAGUUUGGAAAAACUAAAAAGAGCCGGUUUUCCACCUAUGUCGUUGCUUCAGGUCUUCAGUAUGGAAUGGGAGAAAAAGAUUUUCACUUCUUUUUUAAGAUGGCCUGGCUUGGAGAUGCGCCUUCACUCCCAGUGUUUGGAAAUGGAAGCAACAUCAUUCCUACGAUUCACAUUAAUGACUUAGCAAAAGUGAUGCAAAAUAUAAUUGACCACAAUCCCAAAACUCACUAUCUAAUUGCUGUGGAUGAUUCUAAGCAUACGCUUGAAGAGAUAGUAAAGGUUAUUAGCACAACUCUUGGACCCGAUAAAAUACAAGAAGUGCCAAAGGAAAAUGUCUUUCUCAACCGAGACCUAACGCAAACCAAUAUCGAUGCAUUAUUGGUUAAUCUCCGCAUGGAAGCUGUUUUUCUUAAAGAAAAUUUUAAUAUCAGCUGGAGUGCUGAAACUGGCAUAGUUGAAAACAUACAGCACAUAAUUAAAGAAUACAAGGACAAUCGAGGACUUCUGCCUGUAAAAAUCUGCAUACUUGGUCCUCCGGCUGUUGGCAAAAGUACAGUAUCGGAAAUGAUUUGCAAACAAUACAAGCUGCAUCAUAUCAAAAUAAAAGAUGUUAUUGCUGAAGCUAUUGAUGCGAUUGAGAAACGCACUCAGUUACCUGAGGAUGAGGAUCAGGAAGAAGACCGUGAAGAAAUGAUAAAAGAUGCUCAGGAAUUACUUGAAGCAAUUAGAGAAAACAUGGAGCAGAAUGGAGACCGCCUAGAUGACCAAUAUGUUAUGCGCUUUAUGAAGGAUAAACUCAAAUCGAAGCCAUGUCAGAAUCAGGGAUUUGUUCUUGAUGGUUUUCCUAAAACUUAUGACCAAGCGAAGGAGCUUUUUAAUAUUGAAGAUGAAGAAGAAGAAGAAGAAUCACGAGGCAAGCUUCCCACUUAUGACAAGAAGAUUAUGCCAGAGUUUAUUUACUCAUUGGAUGCCUGUGAUGAAUUUUUAAAGAAGCGCGUGAUGAACCUUCCUGAGAGUGUUGUUGCUGGAACACAUUAUGCUCAAGACCAGUUUCUCCGCCGCUUAGCUUUAUUUAGAGAUCUUAAUACAGAAGAGGACACUGUGCUCAACUAUUUCGAUGAGCUGGAAAUUCAUCCUGAGCAUAUUGAUGUUUCCACCAAUGAGGAUUCUGAAUACGAGGCCACAAUUCAGAAAAUGAAAAAAAUAAUUGGAAAACCUCGUAACUACGGUCUUACUCCAGAAGAGCAGGCAGAGCUUGACAGGAAGUUGGUAGAUGAGCGUUUGAAACGUGAAGCCGCUGAACAAGCUGAAAAAGAAAAAAAAGAACAACAAGAGAAGGCUGAAAGGGCAUUACAUUUGGAGGAAUGGAACAAACGUCUUGAAGAAGUGAAAAGGCAGGAACACGAGAUGCUCGAAGCUCAAUCUAUUCCUCUAAGAAAUUACCUCAUGAGAAAUGUCAUGCCAACUCUCACCCAAGGACUGAUAGAGUGUUGUAAAGUUAGGCCAGAUGAUCCUGUGGACUUUUUGGCAGAGUAUCUCUUCAGAAACAAUGCAGAAUUGGACUGAAAAUAUUUUUAAUGCAACCAUCUGAAAGAACUAAUGAAGAAAACUAAAUUGUGCUGGCCUAACACUUUUGGAUGGAGUGUAUAUAUUUAGUUAUUAAAAGUAUAGAAUACGCAUAGAUGUCUGUAUUGUUGUAAUAAUUAAAUUUGUAAUCUUUAAAUAAACUCAUUUGGAUUUUGAUUUGUAUGAUGC